AUGUCCUGGGAACCCAGGAGAAAAUGGACCCGCGACGAUCAGUCCCCAGAAGCAGGCGGGGCAAGUACUCCACCCAUGGUAGAAGGAGUGAUGAUGGUUGUCGAAGUUAUGCGUCAACAUGUUCGCACCGGGGGCAGACUUUCAAUCCUUCUUCUGAACGCCUCCAGGCGCGGAAACGUCAGCAAGCACUCGGGCUCUGCGAACAAGCUCCACUCCAAUAUGUUCCUCGUUGGAAAGAUUUGGCAGAAGAUACAGGAAGAUCGUUCGCCGUGCUCUCUCAUUAUCCGCCCUUUGCCGACAAUGUUGAGUCCCGAUACUCCCGACGAAAAGAAGUACCAUUCUGAAUUCCACAGAGCUCGGAAACAGUUGACGUGUAUAUUAUGGCAGAAACGGGAAUCAAGCACGGAUUUUGCUGCAGAUGUGGGAGGAAUUUCAGAAACUUCUCUGGAAGCUCAAUGGUCAGUGGGAGAAUCAGGGAUAGGAUCAACCCGUUCUGAUGCAUCAGAGCAUCGCCAAAAAAUGGCAAAAGCUGAUCAAUCUUCUUCUGAUGAACACACGAGUUUGUUUCCCGAUGCGGCAACAAUAAAACUUGUGCAAAACUUGGCCAAAAUACUCUGCGCGGAUUAUAAAUCACACGAGCAACUCGCGGAAGAAUUCCUUUGGAGAAGUUGCGACGAAUUCCGGGGGAUUUUCCAUGAAAGACGAGACGAAUUUACAAAGAACAAAACCGGCGUCAAGCAUCAGCAACCGACGCUGGCAAUGAUACGUGUAAUUUCGUUUGUCUUCUCCGCGGACCUUUGCUUACAUUUCUCCGGCCACAUUUUCUCCCCUGCAGUCGCAUUCCUCCGCUGUGUUUUCCCAGGUCAUCAUCAUCCGCACCUGAGACCCGCCAAGUUUGUUUUUCAGAUGGAUGGGAUUGACUUGCUCCCAGGCAAAGCGGCCGAAAAGAAAAGUGCAAACCUGCUGCAGGGAGUCGAUUCCGACUCCAAAGUUCAGUACAUAUGA